CAGUUUCAGAGAAAACAAAACUAAACUCUGUUUCUUUUCAAGCAGUACAAUGGCAGAAUCUGGUUUACUGGAUCAGGACCAGUUCAGCUGUUCGAUCUGUCUGGAUCUACUGAAGGAUCCGGUUACUACUCCCUGUGGACACAGUUACUGUAUGGGCUGUAUUAAGGGCUGCUGGGAUCAGGAUGAUCAUACUGGUGUCUACAGCUGUCCUCAGUGCAGACAGACCUUCACCCCAAGGCCCGUUCUGAACAAAAAUACCAUGCUGGCUGAAGUGGUGGAGAAACUGAAGAAGACAGGACUCCAAGCUGCUCCUCCUGCUCACUGUUACGCUGGACCUGGAGACGUGGCGUGUGAUGUAUGCACUGGGAGAAAGAGCAAAGCUGUCAAUUCCUGUCUGAAGCAGCUGGGGGUGACACAGAGUAAAUUCCAGCAGAGAAUCCAGGAGAGAGAGAAGGAGCUGCAGGAUCUGAGACAGGCUGUGCAGUCACUCAAGCACUCUGCACAGGCAGCAGUGGAGGACAGUGAGAGGAUCUUUACUGAGAUGAUACGCUCCAUUAAGAGAAGGUGCUCUGAGGUGAAACAGCUGAUCAGAGAUCAGGAGAAGGCUGAAGUGAGUCGGGCUGAAGGACUCCUGGAGCGACUGGAGCAGGAGAUUGCUGAGCUGAGGAGGAGAGACGCUGAGCUGGAGCAGCUUUCACCCACAGAGGAUCACAUCCAUUUCCUCCAGAGCUGUCAGUCUCUCUGUACUCCUCCUGGACCUAGAGACUUACCCUGCAUUAUUGAAAGUACAGAUGUCUCUUUUGAGGUCUCUGAACUGAAAGAGAGACUGGAGGAUGUUUUCAAGGUGGAGUUGGUCAAAGUUUCUGGAAAAGAGGAAGGCAGCUCUGCUAAGACCAGAGAGGACUUCUUACAAUAUUCCUGUCAGCCCACACUGGACCCCAACACAGUGAAUGAUCACCUUUGUCUGUCUGAGGGGAACAGAGAGGUGACCCGUGUGGAAGUGGUCCAGUCAUAUCCUGAUCAUCCGGAGAGAUUUGAAUGCUGGGACCAGGUGCUGUGCAGAGAGGGUCUGUCUGGACGCUGUUACUGGGAGGCUGAGUGGGGUGGAGAAGGGUAUGUUUUUGUAGCAGUGUCGUAUAAAGAGAUCAGCAGGAAAGGAGGGGGUAAUGACUGUGCUCUGGGAGGUAAUGAGAAGUCCUGGGCUUUGCGCUGCUCUCCCUCCGGUUACUCUUUCUGGCACAACAGUGAGAGCACUGACAUCCCUGCUCCCUCCUCCUCCAGAAUAGGAGUGUACCUGGAUCACAGGGCAGGAACUCUGUCCUUCUACAGCGUCUCUGGCACAAUGACCCUCCUGCACAGAGUCCAGACCACAUUCACUCAGCCCCUCUAUCCUGGGUUUGGGGUUUGGUAUGAUAGCUCGUCCGUGAAACUAUGAUCUGGGUUGAGUCAGAAACUGAAAGCAAGAUCAGCUGUAAUUAAAGAGAGGGAAAAACAUUCAAAUCACACAGAAAAUGAAUUAAAUGAAAUAUUGGACAUCAACUGAUUCAAUGAUUUAAAUAAAUGUAGAAUCCAGAGCACAUUCACUCAGCCCAUCUGGGUUUUUGCUUGCAUUGCCAUUGUGUUUACCGCUACAAUACCAUUUAUCCCUACAGUCAAGAUUUAUAUAUCGUGUUGAGUUGAGUGUAGCUUUACUGGGGUGACAUGUAAAAUGUAAAAACAAGCCUGACUCUUUGAAUGAACAAGCCCAGUGCAUGAUUUGAACCAAAUGUCAUUUUUAUUAAAGUGUCACGGCAAAACAAGCUGGCAUUGGACUACAAAAGUCACCUUCACAUACACCAUAUCCACCAACAAAAUUCUUCCUGUCAGACUUCAGGACAGAAGAAGCAAGUGCAGACUCAGGAAUGUAGAGUGUAUUACCAACAUUAAUAAUACAGGCAAAUAAAGGGAUGCAGGAAUCCAAAUGCAGCAAACAGUAUAACAGCAAAUUGCAAGUGUGUAGUCCAAGAAUAAGGCAAAAACCGGGUAGUAAGUCCAAAAACAGGGCAGAGGUACAGAAUCCACAAUCCAAGAAACCAAAUAGUCAAGCAGAGGUCGAAUAACUGGUGAUCCAAGAAACGAACAGAACAGAAUAGAGACAGGUAAAGGGACAGGAACUUAAGACGCUGGAAUAGAACAGAGCAGACAUGCACAAUGACGAACUAGCAACGAACAGAACAAACAGGCAGGUAUCAAUACACAGGUAAAUGACUAGACGACAAACAGGUGUGAUAGCUGGGGAAACAAAUAACCAGGUGAAAAGAAUAAAUGAAUGAACAGACUAAAAGGACUACGGGAAGAGAGAGAGGAUAAGAGACAUGAACACAGGGCAAGAACAGAAAAUGCUAAGACUGGGGAGGACAGAGUAAAAGCCACAGACAAUGCAUAUAAAAGGCUAGUCUAUGUACAUUGCUAGUCACACAUUAAAACAAAGCAAAUAUGACAAUGUGUCAAUGCCCACUGACGCAACCACACCUAUGUAUAUGCACACAAAAUACACAAACAUACAUGAAUUCAGCACGAGAACAGACACUCAGUGAUCACUUUAUUAGGCAGACCUGUACAACGGCUUGUUAAUGCAAAUAUUUAAUCAGCCAAUUAAGUGGCAGCAACUACAUGCUCAAAAGUCUGCCAGGGUGUGCGUGAAAGUGUCCCACAGUAAAACACCUCAUCCCUAUUGCUCCCGAUGGGCUGCUGGUGCCUUGCAUGGUGAGUGUGAGUGGGCAAAUGAGAGGCAUCAGUUGAAAAGCACUUUGGAUGAAAGUGCUAUAUAAAUGCAGUCCACGUACAAAAUACAAUCAGUGAGCACUUUAUUAGGUAUUUAUUCGCCUUUUUUUUAGAAAGUUUAGGUCUGUAGCCUAUCCACUUAGAGGUUUGACAUGUUCAGAGAUGCUCUUCUCAUACCACUGUUGUACUGCGUGGUUAUUGUACUGUAAGUACUGUCACCUUCCUGUCAGCUUCGACAAAUCUGGCACUUCUCCUCUGACCUCUCUCAUUAACAAGGUGUUUUUGCCCACAGAACUGCUGCUCACUGGAUGUUUUUUGUUUUUCGCACCAUUCUCUUCAAACUCUAGAUACUGUUGUGAGUGGAACAAUGAAACUUUGCGUGAAGAUUCCAGGAAACCAGCAGCAGUUUCUGAGAUACUCAAACCACCCUGUCUGGUACCAGCAAUCAUCCCACAGUCACUUAGAUCAAGUCACUUAGAUCACAUUUCUUCCCCAUUCUGACAUUUGGUCUGAAAAACAGCUGAACCUCUUGACCAUGUCCGCAUGCUUGUACGCAUUUAGAUGCAGCCACAUGACUGGAUGAUUCAAUAUUUGUAUUAACAAGCUGGUGUACAUGUCAACCUAAUAAAGUGGUCACUGAGUGUAUAUUUCCAUAAUGAUGUGAUCUGUCCUGAUUGGCAUUGCAUCAAUGUUUUAUAUAAAUUACUGAGUAACAGCGUGAACCUGAUUGUAUCUCACAGUCCGGACAGUGCCAGCGCCUAUAGGCCUUCAGCAAGAUCAUUACCAAAAGGGAGGAUGAGAUACAUUUUUAUUUUCUUAUGGAAUGAGGUGGUUAUCCAUGAACCUGACCCACACACUGUAUGUUUGCACAGUUCCUCUCAGAUGGUACAAAGGAUUGUGCUGUAAAUUACGCUUCUUUUUCGUACAAUGUUUUUGGUACAGUGUUGACUUUGUCAGCAGGCAUACUCUUUCUGCAGAAAUAAAGACCCUUAUAACUGGA